CUUCAGCUGAGAGAGCAGCUCUGCACUCAGCACACUGCGUCCACAGUAAAUACAGCACAGCAAGGUCCGCAUGGAGCAGAUCCAGGACACCUCCCGCCCACCACUGACAUAUGUGAAGGGCAUCCCGCUCAUCAAGUACUUUGCAGAGGCCCUGGAAUUGCUGCAGGACUUCCAGGCCCAGCCUGAUGAUCUGCUCAUCAGCACCUAUCCCAAGUCCGGCACCACUUGGGUGAGUCAGAUACUGGACAUGAUCUACAAGGAUGGCGACCUAGAGAAGUGUUGCCAGGCCCCCAUCUUUAUCAGGGUGCCAUUCCUUGAGUUCAAAGGCCCAGGGGUUCCCACAGGUCUUGAGACUCUGAAAGAUGUACCAGCCCCACGGCUCAUCAAGACGCACUUGCCCCUGGCCCUGCUCCCCCAGACUCUGUUGGAUCAGAAGGUCAAGGUGAUCUACAUUGCUCGCAAUGCGAAGGAUGUAGCCGUCUCUUAUUACCACUUCUACCGCAUGGCCAAGGUGCACCCUGACCCCGGCACCUGGGACAGCUUCCUGGAGAAGUUCAUGGCUGGAGAAGUGAGCUACGGGUCCUGGUACCAGCACGUGCGGGAGUGGUGGGAGCUCAGUCGCACCCACCCCAUUCUCUACCUCUUCUACGAGGACAUGAAGGAGAACCCCAAAAGGGAGGUUCAGAAGAUCCUGGAGUUUGUGGGGCGCUCCCUGCCAGAGGAGACUGUGGAUUUCAUCACCCAGCACACGUCUUUCAAGGAAAUGAAGGAGAACCCCAUGACUAACUACAGCACCGUACCCUUUGACCUCAUGGACCACAGUGUUUCCGCCUUCAUGAGGAAAGGCAUUGUGGGGGACUGGAAAACCACCUUCACCGUGGCCCAGAACGAGCACUUCGAAGCCCACUACUCCGAGAAGAUGGCAGGCAGCGGCCUCAGCUUCUGCUCAGAGCUGUGAGCGGUGCACGCCGGCAGCCGCCCCAAGGGGUGCGGGAAAAACCCCCGGCCU